AUGCUGAUAGGUUUUUUCGUUUAUCAAUACGCUAAACUUAGAAUGCUUCAGUUUUAUUUUGAUUUCAUGGAUAAGUAUCUUGAUCGUAGCGAUUUUCAGUAUUGUGAAAUGGACACCGACUCUGCCUAUAUCGCGAUCGCAGGGCAAUCGGUAGAAAGUUUAGUAAAAUCAGAGUUAAGAGAGGAAUUUGAAGCAGACAAGGCCAAUUGGUUUCCACGAACGGACACUCCAGAACACAAAGCUUAUGACAAAAGAACACCAGGUUUAUUUAAGGAAGAGUGGUCAGGGACAGGAAUAAUUGGUCUAAGUAGCAAGACCUACUAUUGCUUUGGGGCCUAUGAUAAGUUCAGUUGUAAAGGGGUUAACAAGAAAACAAACGACAUUAACAAACAAAAAUAUCUUAUUGUUCUGUUGACCAAACAGAGUAGUGCAGGAUUAAAUAAAGGUUUUCGGGUAGUCAACAAUAGCAUGUAUACUUAUGAACAAGUUCGAGAUGGGUUUUCCUACUUUUACCCCAAAAGAAAAGUGUUGGAGGAUGGAGUUACCACUAUGCCUCUAGAUAUAUAA